AUGGGCAACAACCCGUCUAAGGCCGGCGAAGCGCCGGGCCAUAUCCCUCAAGCUCAUGCCCCUGGCGACCGAAGAGUGGUCCGUCGUCCCUCUCUCAAUGCAAUUCCGACACAGAAAGCCGUCCCGGCCGACCCUUCCGCCACCAGAGAGACAGCCGCCGGUCACCCUGCAGCUUACAAGGGCAUCGCCCAACAGCGGCUCCAGUCCCGAAAUGCCGGUGAUUCUCCGACUGGAAAACCGACUAGACCCGAAAGACCAGAUGACAGCAGAUCUGAAUAUCCACAAGGCAAGGACAUUCCCUCGCGCGACACCUCCAACCCGGUACAGGUCCCCGUCUCGCGACAGUCUGCAGAGCGCGAUACGAUGGCACCUUCAGCCCCGCCCAUGAACUCGUACUAUAGCGCCUCACAACACCUGCAGCGUCCCCCGCGCUUGCCAUUGCCCAUUGGUGAUGCUAACACCAUCCCUGGCUCCCCCAUUAUGGGACCGGAAGAUUCCCAUAUUCAAUCGAUGCCUGCGGACCGCGUGAUGGAUGAUCACUUGGGUUCUGAGGCUACCAACCCCAGCAAUACUACAACAGAAGGAGAUGAGGGCGGGGACGAGCUCCAGCCGUAUGCGGCCAGUGGAGUCGGCAAGGCAGUGCCCACCGUCAUCGAAUGGAAUGCACCCGGACAAAAGGUCUACGUGACCGGAACAUUCGUCAACUGGGAAAAGAAAUUUAAGCUGCACAGAAGCGAGAGUGGCUCCUUGAUGACGACAACAUUGAACUUGCGUCCUGGUACGCAUCACCUAAAGUUCAUUGUCGACGGAGAAAUGCGGGCUUCGGAUACUCUUCCCACCGCCGUCGAUUUUACGAACCACCUGGUCAACUAUGUUGAGAUCAGCGCCGAUGAUGCCACCCGGGAGAGCGACAAGUCUGCUGCUACCCCUGGGGACCGCACUUCUCAGUCGGAGCAGGACAGUUCCAAAGUUGGCCCAGAGGAUGAGGAACCUCCGAAGAAAGAGAUUGAAGAAGAAGUUCCUCCGGGCGAUUUUGGUAGUGCCAUUCCCCAGUUUCUCGCUGACUUGGACUUGGAGGAAGACCACCCAGCCUAUACCCAGGCUGCUAAUGUCAUUGGGGACACUGCGACUCCUCCCAGUCUGCCUCUGUUCUUGGGUAAAUCAAUUCUUAACAGCACCACCCCGACUAAGGAUGACAGCAGUGUUUUGAACUAUCCCAACCAUACUGUCUUGAACCAUCUUGCUACUAGCAGCAUCAAGAAUGGCGUUCUUGCUACAAGUGUCACGACCAGAUAUAAGCGCAAGUAUGUUACAACCAUCUUGUACAAACCCACCAGCCAUAUCACCGGGGAGUGA